AUGUUCAUUACGUGGAACGAUAUCGAAAAUAAUUUCAAAUACACCGUGUUACCAGAAAAAGGAGCUCCCCCCCAAGUAGCCUCUUCCUCGGGCUCGACAGCCGUACUCGAUCACAGGUUGGCGGGGCAUAUGGCUGCUGGUCCGAGCGCUGCUACGAUGGAUAGUAGCUUCAUGAAUAUUGAGGCACAUCCUGUUACUGAGAUUACAACACAUGGUGCUGCUAACUGGGCACAAGAGUUCGAUGCUUCCAAAGGGAUGGCUCGUAGAAUCAUGGGUCCGACGAUCACUGAGUCUGCUGUGCACCAACAACAACAACAACGGCAAGCAGUAUAUCAUUCGAUGCCUCCCCCCCAGUUCUAUCACCAAGCUAAUUAUCCAUCCCCGUUGGGUGUCCAUGUGCCUCGACAGCAUGCACCGGUGAUGGUGACACCACAAAGGGAUGUUGACACUAAUGCUACUGUGAAUGAGACUGCUGUGAAUGUUGAUGCCGCGAAGAGGAUGGUUGAGACUAUGCGGAUAAAGAGCGUUAAAUUGUCAGGGUCGUCAGACAACGCGAAGUUCGCCAACAGUCAAUUCGUGGAUUUCGUAGAUCAAAUUGUUAAAGGGGACUUGAAGUUGGCUGAUGAUAAGGUUCUGGACUCGACUGGUAAGCCGGUGAAUUGGGAGGCACUGUACGACGAAGCGGCAGCGGUGAUGGCACAUGCUGAGGAGGUUGCCGAGGAACAGGAGCAGAUGAACCGCGAGGAAAAUAGUGGGAUAUUUGGCCCGAUGGAUGACGUGUGGCAACAACUACAACAGGAAGGGUGGUUGCAACAGGAUGGCUGGACGAGGGCGAGGGAUACGUACGAGUUCAAUACUGAGAAUCCAUAUUUGGAGUCUUCCGAAUCACCAUUGCAGUUGGCGUUGAGGCUGCUUGCAGAAGGCAGAGACGAGGAAGCGAUGCUCGCAUUAGAGGCGGAGGUCCAACAGCAUCCGGACUCAUCGGAAGGAUGGAGACUGUUGGGGUUGAUGCACGCUGGAAAUGAUAUGGACGUGGAAGCGAUAACGUGUUUGGAGAAGGGCCACGAGGUCGACCCGUACAACACAGACAGUUUGUUGGCCCUUGGAGUGUCGCUCACUAAUGAGUUGGACUCGUAUAGGGCGUUGAAAAUAUUACGUGAGUGGCUCCAGAACCACGAAGCAUACCACGGACUCGUCGAAGCUAGUACUGCGAACUCCCAGAUGCUAUUAGACUACGACUACCUAAAAAAGGACGUCGUCGCGUUGUUGGAGAAGGCGGUCGGACUCGGCCCGAACGACGCGGAUGCCUCUGUGGCUCUUGGGGUUGCCUAUAACAUCGACCGGAACUACACCAAGGCGGCGGAUAGUUUUAUGAGGGCGGCGACGUUGCGACCGGAAGACCCGACUUUGUGGAAUAAACUCGGCGCGACGUUGGCUAAUUCGGGACUGUCGGAGGCGUCUCUGGUGGCAUAUAAUCAGGCAUUGAAGCUGAAGCCGAACUAUGCCCGAGCCUGGUCCAACUUGGCGAUAGCGCAUUGCAACUUAAAUCAGCAUCAGGAUGGGAUCAGGUUCUACUUAGCAGCGUUAAAGUUGAGUCCCAAGGCUGAGCAUUUAUGGACGCUCUUGUUCAAUGCGGUAGGUCGUGGGUUCGAUCCCUGGUAG